GUCGCGUCUGUUUUAGAGAAGGACGUCACAUCCGGUUUGUAGAUGGAAGUGUUUGAAAAUGUUGAAACAGGGACGACUCGCCGCUUUUAGGUUAAUAUGGUUUUGUUUGGGUUUGCGAGAAGUUUUUUGCACGGUGAACACAGGAAUGUUAUUUCCUCGGGAGUCUUCCUCCAGGGAGGUGAAGGAGCUGAGCGGACUGUGGAGCUUCAGGGCCGACAAGUCCCCGAGCAGGAAUCGGGGCUUCGAGGAGGCUUGGUACAAAAGUCGCCUUGCUGAGACUGGCCCUGUGGUGGACAUGCCCGUUCCUUCCAGCUUCAACGACAUUACCCAGGACCCCAAACUGAGAGACUUCAUUGGCUGGGCGUGGUAUGAGAAAGAGGUGGUGGUGCCUGCCCGCUGGCUCACAGAUGAAGGAACAAGAGUUGUUCUUCGAGUGGGAAGUGCACACUAUUAUUCUGUUGUGUGGGUGAAUGGGGUGAAAGUGACCAAGCAUGAAGGUGGGCAUCUUCCCUUUGAAGCUGAAAUAAGUGGCGUUCUCCGAGAUGACCCGACGAGACCCUGUAGGAUCACUAUUGCAGUCAACAACACUCUCACUCUGGAAACUCUUCCUCCUGGAACCAUCCAGCACCUAACCGACCCCACCAAGUAUCCUGAUGGUUUUUUUGUGCAAAACAUCAACUUUGAUUUCUUCAACUAUGCUGGGAUUCACCGUCCUGUAUUACUGUACACUACUCCCAAGGCUUAUGUGGAUGACAUCACAGUGGUGACAGACUUUGUGGAUAGCACAGGUUUUGUCAAAUACGAAGUAUCAGUCCAAAAUGCUGCUGAAGCCAUCCUGAAGGUCACUUUGAUAGAUAAAGAUGCCCACACAGUGGCCUCCUCUAGCGAACCAUUUGGAGUGCUAAAAUUCACUGACGUCAAACUCUGGUGGCCGUACUUGAUGCACGAGAAUCCGGCUUAUCUUUACUCUUUGGAGGUUCACUUGACGGCAGCGGAUGGAAGAUCAACAUAUGAGGAUGUGUAUAGUUUACCAGUUGGCAUCCGAACUGUCAAUGUAACCAGCACCCAGUUCCUAAUCAACAACAAGCCAUUCUAUUUCCAUGGUGUCAACAAGCAUGAGGACGCUGAUAUCCGCGGUAAAGGCUUCGACUGGCCCCUGAUUGUUAAGGAUUUCAACUUAAUGAAGUGGUUAGGAGCCAACUCGUUUCGCACCAGCCACUACCCUUACGCAGAGGAGAUUCUCCAGAUGUGUGACCGUCACGGCAUUGUGGUCAUAGAUGAAUGCCCAGGAGUGGGCAUCAAAGACAUUCGUAGUUUCGGCAACAUCUCUCUGGCCCACCAUCUGUUUGUCAUGGAUGAGCUUGUGCGUCGGGACAAGAACCAUCCUUCUGUGGUCAUGUGGUCAGUGGCCAAUGAGCCAGCGUCAGAGAUGCCCCCUGCUGAUUUUUACUUCAAGAGUGUGAUUACACAAACAAAAACUUUGGAUCCCACCCGACCGGUGACUUAUAUCACAGACAGUAACUAUGCCAGAGACAGAGGGGCACCCUACGUGGACGUAAUCUGUGUCAACAGUUACUUCUCCUGGUACCAUGAUCCCGGCUUUGUCGAAGUCAUCCCCUUCCAGCUCAACACUCAGUUCGAGAACUGGUACGGAAAGUACCAGAAGCCCAUUAUCCAGAGUGAAUAUGGAGCAGACGCGGUGCCCGGUCUUCACAGUGACCCGCCCGUGAUGUUUACUGAGGAGUACCAGAAGAUUGUCUUGCAGAGUUACCAUGACGUGUUUGACCAGAAGAGGAAGAAGUAUCUUAUUGGGGAACUCAUCUGGAACUUUGCCGACUUCAUGACUGUACAAGGGAUCACUCGUGUGGUGGGGAACAAGAAGGGUAUUUUCAGCAGGCAGAGGCAACCCAAAUCAGCAGCGUUCAUCCUGAAGGACCGAUACUGGAGGCUAGCAAAUGAAACCAUGAAGAUUUCUCCUUGGACUAAAUAUCCCUGUGUGCUCUGAGGCUUGAGUCUCAUUCCACAACUCACCGGUAACAAUACAGUUCUUCCUUUUUAGGAGUAUUGCAACACUUAGACCGGAUCAAACUACAUUGAAUGUUUCUCUACCGUAUCAAUAAUGCCUUUUCAAUCCUUGCUGCAUUGAUGAGCUUGAUGAACUGGAAUGAACGCUUGGUUAAAACUAAAUUUAGAAAUCCUCAAUCUGUGAUUUGAGGCACUCAACCAUAAAAAAAGGGUUAGAUUUCUUCUUGACAGCUUCUAAUUAAAGAUGUUUGAGAGGAAAGAGAAUGUCACUAUAGUCCAGGUAGAAUCAUUUAUAGAACAUUUACGACAUUUGUAUUUGGAAUGAAUUAUUUAAUCAAUUCAACAGGAAUUAAAGUUUGAAAUGUUUUGUUUUAAUUGUCCUCCAAAUAGACAGGAUUUCAGUUUCUGUUACUCACAUAAAAGAAAAUGUUUGCCUUACAAAGGUAUUUUUGUAUACAUCAAUCCGUUUUCUACCGCUUGUGCCAUUCUGUAAUAAAAAAAAACAAGAUCCAUACAAUCCCUACAACUGUUACUUGGGUUUUUUCUAAAUACAUCUAAUAUGUUAUCAAUCCAGGCAGCACGGUGGGGAGGGGUUAGUGUGUCUGCCUCACAAUACGAAGGUCCUGAGUGGUCCUGGGUUCAAUAUCAGGCUCGGGAUCUUUCUUUUUGGAAUUUGCAUGUUCUCCCCGUGAAUGCGUGGGUUCCCUCCUGGUACUCCGACUUCUUCCCACCUCCAAAGACAUGCACCUGGGGAUAGGUUGAUUGGCAACACUAAAUUGGCUCUAGUGUGUGAAUGUUGUCCGUCUAUCAGUGUUGGCCCUGUGAGGUGGCGACCUGUCCAGGGUGUACGACGCCUUAUGCCCGAAUGCAGCUGAGAUAGGUUCCAGCGACCCCAAAAGGGACAAGCGGUAGUAAAUGAAUGGAAAGAUGGAUGUUAUCAAUCCAAUGUGAACAGCACAGUAUGGAUGGGUACCAAUCCCAAUUGAAUCCAUACUCAACUGCACCAAUUUUUGGUACUUCUGUGUGUGUUCAUGUGAUAAUACAUCUCAUUAUGUAUAAUUAUAAAAUGUAAUAUUUUUAAACAAGAUUUAACACUGAGUUGAUUUUAAUAACUGUGCUGUCCAGUUGUUAUAUCUUGGAUUAGUAUUUGUAAUUAUUAUACAGUAGACUUUGCAUGCAGUUGCAAUUCCAAAACAUUAGAUGGAAGUAUUGUACAGGCUAUGGUGUAUUGCGUAGUCAGGAACGAGUCUUUGUCUUUUAAAAUGAAAUAGUCUUUCGUUGCGCUCUACAAAGUGCUAAUACGUUAUGUAUUGUCCUUCCUCCACACCACGUGUUUGAUUGCAAAGUUAAAUUUGGAGGUGUUGAAAUCACGGUAUAAAAUCGUUACUGCUAGUCAGUAGCAUGUCAAUAGCAAAUCCAAUAUAAAUUAGCAUCUAGCUAGUGCAUUUUGAAAAAGAGCCGAAACGUUCCGACCAGCUCUUUUAUUAUAAGGCUCUUAUGAUCCAGUUUUGCACACAUUUCCAUUCAUUUUAAUACAUGUGGCAAUUAAUGUAACUGUUUCUCAUUACAAAUGCACUCUUUUCAAAAGUUUCAAGUGACAAAUGCUUCUUUAGUUAAACGAAAAAAAAUGUAAAACUGCAUCAAUAUACAUAAAUUUAAAGAUGAUCCAUAUUUAAUCGAAUCAUAGCUCCUGAAUGGUAAUUGAAUCGUGAGGUGGCCAAAGAUUCCCACCUCUACAAGGGAUAUAUUAAUAGUAAAUUACCAAGUAGAUUAAUAAUAGUUUUGAAAAAAUAAUACUAAUAAAAAUUACACAAAAUAUUACUACCUGUACUUAUGUCAUCAGCCAAAUUAGGAGCUUUUGUAACCAUUUUUGAAAUGGUUCUGAUAUCUACAUACCAAAUAAUGUAUUGUGAUACGUCGUAAUAGCAGGAGGCUGCAAUAUACAUCGCCAUAUAGUUUACAGACCACAUGGACAAUCUAUAUUUUUUACUGGCAAUAAAAAACACAUUUGCUGUAAUUAAAAUAUGUGUACCUUACUACAGAUUCAUUGUAAUAUUAUUAUGAAAUAUGUGGAAAUAUGUAAGUCCUGCAAGGAAUAUUCUGUGAAACAUGAUUCUGGAAUACAACAGAAUGAUCAUUUCGAAUUCCAAAUCUACAAUUUUACUUCCUGUUUCCUCCAUCAAUUGCUUGGAUUUACAUGACGUCUACCAAGAAUUGAUUAACGUGAACUCCGACUUAAACAAGUUGAAAAACUUAUUCAGGUGUUACCAUUUAGUGGUCAAUUGUACAGAAUAUGUCCUGUAUGGUGCAAUCUACUAAUAAACGUUUCAAUCAA